AUGGACACACGUUUUGAUGAUGACCCCUUCUUCACUACACUAUUGCAAAGUGGAGGAGGAGGUUGUAAUAGCGCCCCAACGCAACAUGGUAAUGUUGUUGUCCAAGCAAUCCCUAACGACGGUGAACAAAGGCAUCCAUCUAAAAAAGUUCAAAGAGGUGCAUCGUUCACUGUUGAAGAGGAUAACCUCCUCGUUUCAGUUUGGCUCAACAUUAGCAUUGAUGCGAUAAGGGGUACUGAUCAAAAGUCUAGUCAAUUGUGGGAAAGAAUUACCUCAUUUUACCAUGAAUAUAAAAAAUCCAACAUUGCCAACCGUUCUGAGGGUUUUUUGAUGAAUCGAUGGUCUACGAUUCAAAAAUGGACAAAUAAAUUUUGUGCAUUUCUAGCACAAGUAGAGUCAUUGCACCCGAGUGGUGCAACGGAGCAAGACAAGAUUGAGAAGGCAAAGAUGUUGUACAAAGAGAUGGUAGGCUCCAAUUUCACAAUGGAGCACUGUUGGUGUCUUCUAAGACACCAACCAAAAUGGCAACAGCACAUCUCCACCGUUGGUAAAAAGAGAAGGUUACCAGAAAAAGUGUUUGGUGAAGUUGCUGUGGACAUAGCCGACGAUGACGUGGAGAUUCUAACUGAGAGACCUCCAGGCAAAAAAGCUGAGAAAGAAAAGGAGAAGAAGCGGAAGUCGAUGGAAGGCAACAAUGGUGAGAUCAAGAUUGCUUUAGCUAAAAUGACCGAGGAUAGAGCGACAUCCAUGCAAGAGCGUAGAAAUUCUGUGUUGAAGGGAGAAAUAGAAAAAUCUUUGGUAUUUGACCUAAAGAAGAGGAAGUUUGAGGCAAAGAUGAUGCUGCUAGAUCUAAGUGGCAUGAAUGCCAUGCAGCAGCAGUAUUUCGGCAGUAUUCAACUCAAGAUUUUUGAGGAAUGGAGAUCCCAUUCCGGAGGUACAUCUACAUCUCCUUCAACUGCUUAUGGAGAUGUCUAAAUAGUUAGUUGGUGAUCUGAUAUGGACUGUUAGUGAUCUAAUGUGGACUGUUUUAGCUCAUUUGUACAAAUUAAUGGACUGUUUUGUGGACUGAACUGUUUUUGUACAAAUUUCUGGACUGUUUUAGCUCAUUUAUGCAAUGUAUUGGGAUGAAUUGU